ACAUAUUGUUACAUUUUUAUGUAAGAAGUAUUAAUUAGAAAAUAACUAAAGCUGUCAUGUAAACACGUAAGGGAAAUCCUAAUUAUUUCUCAUCCCCAGUGCUUGUUCCUUGCGUUACUUUGAUACACUUGCCCAGUAGUAGUGGUAGUAUUAUAUCUAUCAUGAACAGUUACUGAGUACAUACUAUAUAUACUUAUAUUAGCACGAAAAUCUAUGCGUUAGCACUCCUAUUGACGAUUCUGAUGUGUACUGGAUAGCACACAUGAAUUUUUGUGCUAUUCUUAUAUGUGAGUUCUGCCAAAAUGUAUGUUGCUAAAAUAGGUUUGUAUUCUACUGAUAAAUGUGAACAAAAUGAUGGUAAAACUUUGAUUAAAGGCCAUUCAAAAGGGACACCAAAAUGAUAAUUUGAAUUUUAAAAUGAAAAAUUAAGAGUUGGUGAGAGGACUUAAAAAGUAUAAAUUUUAUAGAUCUUCAAUAGAUCUUCAGUUUGGAACUGGCUUUUUGCAUGACCAAGUAUUUGGCAAGUGUAACACGAAAUCAUUUUUACUCCAUCCUCUCAUUUUUCUUCUGCAUUACUCUUUAUUUCUAGGUUGAAUUAUUUUAUUUAAAUAUAUGAUAUAUAACUACUGAACAAACUCCUUUUAUCUUGUUCAUCAUGCAAACAUGUACCCAUUUUGAAAGCAGUACCUGUUAGAACAUAUUAUGUCUUGUGGCUAUUUGAUCAUUAAUUUGAAAAGACUGAAGACAGAUGUGUACUGAGUAUCUUUGGCCUGUUUGACAUUGGCUGAAUGGAUGUGUUUUUCUUAUAUAUGGCAUAUACCUAUAGGUUUAAGAAAUACAUCAUAAUUGUUUUGACUGUUAUCUUGGGUAUUAAAAGGUGCAGUAUGUUAUCAUCCAUUUAUCAUCAGUUUGUUCUGUAUCAUACUAAAUCUUUCCUUAUAAAAUUGGGUCAGUUACACAAAGACUUCAUGGUUUCCACUGAUAGAAGCUGUAUACAGUAAUUUAAGUAGGAUUUUUGGAAUUUUCCUACCAGUACAACAAGUGUGUUGACCUGAUAUAUCAGUGGCAGGAGUUAUAAUUUUUCAUUUAUUGUAAGGUUGUGGAUACAUGCGUGUACAUGCUAGAGUAAGAUCUAUUAUUACUUAAUGAUAAUUUUGUAAGAAGAUCUUUUUGAGGAAUUUCACACACAUACAGUGACACACACAAACAGACAGGAAAAAUGUAUUGUUUCAUGCAUUAUAGCUUUUAAUCUUGUCACAAUAUAAAGAUGCCAAAGAUACAUAGUUCUGGCAUUAGAAAAAAAAAAAAAGGUUCAGCAUAGGUAGAAACAAAAGAAUUAUGAGCCCAGAUAUACUUAGUAACUGAUCAACUGGAUUUAAUCUGGUGUGACCCUAACUUUCCUCUUACAUGUAUAGACUGGCUAUAGAUAUUGGCAAAUCACUUGUGUUACUGGAAUGUAUUUUAUCAUUAAUUGCAAAAUAAGCAUAACAAGCACUGGCAGAUAUGAAGUCUGGAUCUUAUUGACAGUGGCGAUAGUUUAGUUCACACCAUAUAAGAUCAGGUAAAAAUCUUAAAAAUCCAUUUGCAAAGAGUUUGCAUUAAUUGUAGCUUGGAAUAAUUUUACUGCUCAUUUGAUGAAGAGGGAAAAGAGUCCAUAUACUGCAUGUCUGCCAUGCUACAAAGUAUGCAAAUUUUGCACAGAAUGUCUUAAGCAGCAUCUAUGUCCCUGGUUUAUUUCAGUAUCUACAGUGUUGCUUGUGCCAAGAUCUGUGCAGUAUGUUGGGGUUGACGGGCAGAUUUAAUCAUCAUGGUCAUACCGUCGAAAUGUCCGAUGUCCGAUGGCACUGUCCUGACACCAUCAACAGUGUCUGUAACUCAUACAGAAACGAGAAGCACCUUCACUACAGAUCAAGUGUCAAAUGAAGUUCUUUUGAACAUACUAUUGAAUAUUCCCUUUUUGGAGCUGAAAAAAUGUACCCAAGUUUGUCAGAGGUGGAGGGAGAUGGUUGAAGGGUCAUACUUCUGGCGAUGUUAUCUGCAAAAGAAUUAUUCACUGAAAACACAACUCAAGGUAGAAGGUCCUCUAACUGACUGGCAAGAUGGCCUUCAGCCAAUGUAUAGAGGUGGCUUUGAUGCACUUACUGUGCAGCCGGCAGAAGUCUUUCAUAACCUACCCAAAAGACUGGACAAUGGUGUUCUCUUUCCCAUAAGCAUCCAAAUGGACAAGGUUCCCUCUUCAAAAACUUUGAUCACUCUGUUGGAGACUUUUAAGACCAUCAAAUCUACAAUAGACAGUAAUGGUUUAGUCUAUGAUGGACAGAUGGGGUUCGGGUGGAAGAGUGAGGGCUUUUGUCUAAUGGAUGUGUUCUUGUUCCCUUGGCAAGAAGACCAGCAGCCAACCAGUGAGGACAUUAGCAGAAUCUUUAUGCUGAAUGAAGAUCUGAAGGACAGCACAAUACAACAGAAGAAAACUAAGAGCCAGCUGACCUGUGUUCUUAGCCACCUUGGCUUCCAGCAUUGGGUCAGUGAUGCCCUAUGUCCAGGCAAAGAGUGGACACAGCUGUGUUUCAAUGUCCACGACCCCACACACAUGAUGUGCCCUAGUCCUGUAUUCCUGUAUAGUGAUGUUGCACCUGGCUGGAUCGGGGGCAUUCUGACAGGAUUAUGGUGAUUAUUAGGAUGUGGACUUCAAUUGGAUUCUGUUAACCCAGCGUUUGUAGGAAUUAUGUCAAAUUGCCUUUCAACUCCAUGUGGCCAAGGAGAAUCUAAGUGUUUUUUUUAUAAGUGAUAAAGCCUUUAAACCCGAUGUAACCAAGGAGAAACUUGGAUGUUUGUAGAAAUUUCAAAGAAUUCCAACCCCAUGUUGUCAAGGAAAAUCUCCUGUGGAGUAUGGAUUUCGACUGAAUACAUGUAGGACCUGGAUGCACAAUGUAUGUGAAAUGUGAAUUUUGACUGUGAUUUUUGAAUGCCAAACAAGUGACAUGAUGGCUGCUUCUGCCCGUCUUUUUGUUGAUCAAUGCGGGAGCAGGUCUGGAUCCUAUGACUAUGACUUUUUCGCUAAAUGGCAGUCUCAUCCAUGAUAGCUAUACCACCAGCAGGGUGCUGGUGGUACACAUAGUUUUAGUCCCAACCUGUCUCAUUUAUUACAUAUAGAAAUCAGCAAUUUGAAUGAUGGAGAGUCAUUCUGGUUAACUACACAUUAAGUUUGCCAGUUGAGGUUAGACAGCUUUGUAAAGUUGAUUAAAUGUGGUAAUGACACUGACAACUUAAUUCAAGAGUUUGGGCAUGUUUGUACAGAGACUGGUAUGCAGAAAAUGGUCCUACUUUGUAGUAAAUUACAGUAUUAAAAAUAUAUACAUAUAUAUAUAUUUCUAUUUUCCAGGAAUUAUUAUUAAUAUUAUUAUUAUUAAAUAUCAUAUAUUCAAUUUUUAUUAUAUUUAUAUGCCAUAGUCAUUUUGCUUUCAUCUACAUUAAUCAUCAACUCUCUUCAGGAACAUUCUUUGAAGAAAUCACAAGAGAUCAUUUUUAUUUAACAUUUAUCAGAAACAACUUUGUUGUACACGUACGUAGCAAUCUGACAAUUCAUUAACAUCAUAAGUACAUUACUGAAUAUAUGUGAUUUUUACAUUUGUAAAUCUGGCCUCAUCAGCAACACUAAUCCAUGGAUUGGAUCUGAUAAUAAUGUUGGGCUGUCACCAUGUGUGAUUUUCUGUAUGUCACAAGCUUUUACAUUUUCUUACUUGCUCAGUUACA